AGAGAAGCAGAUUAAAUACGCUACAGAAAACGCAGCAAGAUCACAAUGCAAUGCCAAUACCAACAGAUAAUAUUUUACCGUUUUCACAAAUGGCUUAUACCGAACUCACAGUGAACGCUGCUGUGGACAUUAGUCCAGCUCUUUUGACUUCUUUUCUUUCUUACACGGAGGAGUUGAUCAAAACGGCAGGUACGAAAUCUUCAACGCUUCGAGAAGAGGAAGAAGAGCGUUGCCAUGUAGUUUCCGGAACUAUGGACUUUGUCAAGGUGCGAUUGUUUCCCUUGGAAAACUGUUUUUUGUUUUACACAGGAAAGGAUUUGUUGCAUCAGCCCAACACGUCCUCCGUGGUGCUAUCAUGGUUUUUGCAGCGUCACCACGAACUUGCCGCAACCAUGAUGUCGAUGGGAUUUAGUUUUCUUCUUGCUCUUGAGGAGCAUCGGUUCUCGUGGAAAAAGGCGGCGGAGGUGCCACUGACGGCGUUGCAGUUACUAUCCAACUACGCUCACACAGUGACAUUCCGGGAUGGGGUGAAUGAAUUUGAAACCCUCAGUGCACGCCAACAUCUUUUUCUUAUGGCCGCUUGUCUUCUUGUGUGUUGGAAGUAUGCGGACAUUGAUGCCACCGCCGUCGUACUGCUUCAAAUUCUUGAUAGCACCUUCUUCCACCAUCAUCGUGUGCUUAAUGUAAGAGAUAUCAUUCAGGUGGAGUCAGUUGUUCUCAGAGUAUGUGGGUUUUGCAUAGAGGAACCCCGCUGGUGGGCAGUUGCCAUUCAACUUCUUUCUGAAUCUCUUGCUGAGGAAGAAGAGCAAAUGAUGCUGGGCGACGAGGAGGGGUGGGAGCGGCAGAAGGAUGUGCAAGUGGGGUGGCCACUUUCUUUUAAUGAGAACGAGCCUCGGUGUCGUUAUGAGACCAGUUUGGAGCAACUUCUACUGGCCUGCGAACGCGUUUUAUUGUUUUUAAUGGAUGCCGCUGCCGGGGAUGGUGAAAGCACGGCUGAGCAAGACGGAUGUGCAGGAGGUGCUGGUCAAUCUUUUCAGACACGUGGUGUGGUCCGAAGUUGGAUGGAGUCACAUCCCCUUUUUGGCGUUGCCCUUGCCGUCUGUUGUGGUGCGGUGAAUUUGGAUUGGGCGGCAUCCCACAUUGGCCCAACGGGCAAUACACACCACAAGAUGACAAACAACAACACCGGUGGAGUUUUUGAGCAGCGACAUGUCGUCUUCGCCUGCGGCAUACGGAGCGUCAUUCGGGAUGCGGAUGAGGCGGCACAGCGAGAGUUGUACAGAAUGGUGACAUUACUGAAGGAAGUGUUGCACCAAUUUUUUUGA